GUUGUAGAUUAAGGAGUAAAGGUGUGUGGUCCAUUUAGUUAGGUUUGUAUUUAAAGAUUUUUUUAGUUAAGUUAUUUAAAUUCUGCAUUUUAAUUUAAAUUACUGUAAUUUAAAUUAAAUUUCGCAAUAUUUAUUUAAUUAAUUUAAUUUAAAUUUAAAUUUGACAUUUAAAUUCUGUAAUUUAAAUUAAAGUCUUAAAUUUAGAUUCUGUACCCGUAACAUUAAGUCUUAAAUUUAAAUCUAAACCUGUAACAUUAAAUUUAAAUGGAUAACAUGAACCUGUGCAGAUUAAAGUAAAACUUGGGGCAAAAAGAAAAGUGUGCAAACUCAUUAAAAUUCUGGCGGCAGAAACCAAUUCCAAUUUGCCUUUUCAUUGAAAAUUUGAGAAUUUUAAAUUUCCCACACUUUACAAGGUUUCUCCCCUCUAUAAAUAGAGACCAAUUCAGUUUACAAAGACUAAACUAAGCAGCUGCUACAACAACUCAAAACCAAAAAAACCACAAAAACUACACUAUGGCUAGGAGAAAAGAUCUCUCCACAUUUGAGAGGGCAGCAAUAAUCCAAUUCCUCCUUGAAGACAGCAAGGAAGGGAAGCCUGCUAGAGGGAAGAUUUCAGCAGCUGUUGCAAAAUGGAGCAGCUCACGAAGCACAAUCAAUCGGGUAUGGGCAGCUGCAAAAAAGCAAAUACAGAAGGGUGAGGUAAUAUGUUCCAUGAGUCGAAAAAUACAAAGACCAAGACAAAAGAGAGUGCAAUUAGAUUUACAGUUAAUUGCCAACUUAGACUUGUCCAAAAGAUCUACCAUUCGAAGGCUUGCAUGUGGGAUUCAAUGUAGCAAAAGUACCGUAGGAAGAUGGAUUAAGCUAGGGCUGAUCAAAGCUCAUUCCAAUGCUAUUAAACCCGAUCUUACGGCUCCUAACAAGUUGCUUAGGCUACGGUUUUCAUUAGAGGCCCUAGAGUAUGAUAGGAUUAUGAGGAGUGUGACAUUUAAAAACAUGCACAACACAAUCCACAUUGAUGAAAAAUGGUUCUACAUAACCAAAACCAACCAAAGGUUUUACUUAACCCCUGCAGAGAGUGAGCCUCAUAGAACCUGUAAAAGCAAAAAAUUCAUCACGAAGGUGAUGUUUAUGUGUGCAGUGUGUAGGCCUAUCUUUGGCCCUGAUGGAGAAUGCAUAUUUGAUGGAAAAAUAGGCAUUUUUCCAUUUACUGAACUGGUUCCAGCAAAGAGGAAGAGUAAGAACAGGGCAGCAGGCACAAUGGAGUGGAAACCCAUUCAAAGUAUCACCAAAGAAGUGGUGAAGGAUUGCCUAAUUAACAAGAUUAUUCCUGCUAUAAAGGCAAAGUGGCCUAGUUUUGCUAGCAAAGUCAUCUACAUACAGCAGGAUAAUGCGCGGCCACACAUUAAAGACAACGACCCUGAUUUCAGGGCAGCUGCCUCUAGUGAUGGCUUUGACAUACACCUGGUGCAUCAACCACCAAACUCACCCGACACCAACAUAAAUGAUUUGGGGUGGUUCAGGGCGAUACAAUCGCUACAAACUGAAUCAGUUUGCAACAAUGUCAGUGACUUACUUAUGGCAGUUAAAAAUUCAUUUGAUCAGUUAAGUGCACAAACCUUGAAUAAGGUUUUUCUUAGCCUACAAAGUUGCAUGAUUGAAAUACUCAAGGUAAAAGGUCAAAACUGUUACAAAAUUCCCCAUUUGAAGAAGGAUGCCUUGAUUAGGCAGGAUAUGCUUCCUUCAAACCUUGAAGUUGAUUCAAGGCUUGUUAGGGAAUGCAUAGCUUACCUAAUUGAGCAGGGGAAUAUUAAUGGGAGUGAAGGUUUCUUAAGGCAUCUGCCUAUAGGCAUGAUUGGAGGCACAAUAGAUGGGCUGGCUUGUAGCAUGCAGCAGCUACAAAUUCAAGGGGGCACAAGUGGAUAUUGA